AUGCUCACUGUGGCCGUGCAAGGCAACAGCCAUCUCAUCAAGCACUUGGUGCAUGAACAGGGCCGAGACGUGAUGGUGGCCGCUGUGCCCUACUCCCCCGACAACGGGGAGGACCAUGGCCCAGCGGACAGCGAGGGGGACCAGCCCCUGGACCAUGACCGCCUGUUCCACACCGGCACCGCAGCGAAAGUCGUGCAGCUGCACAAAAGCGCCAAGUCUGGCGUCUGGACCCUGAGCCUGGAGGGGCAGAGCCGCGUGCGGGUCGGCGACGUGACCACCGCCGACCCGGCGCACGGCCCUUACUUUGCCCGCGUCGCGCAGCUGGACCACUUCGGCGGCGCGCCCCUCGCCAACGAAGACAGCGCGGAGGAGGAGGCCCUGGCCCGCUCCCUGCUGACCCAGGCGCGGCGGCUGAGCGCCAAGCGCCUGGCCCGCGGCGCCGACCACUCCCCGGCCUACGCCAUGGGCCUGACCUACCUGGAGACCCUGGCCGACCUGCCCUGGGACCGUUGCGGGCUGGACUCCGUCAAGGCGCGCAUCGUGCAGUAUGUGGCGGUGCAGCGGCUGCGCGGCUGGGACGCGCGCGCCCCCGUGCUGUGCCUGGUGGGCCCGCCCGGCGUGGGCAAGACCAGCCUGGCCGCCUCGGUGGCGGCCUGCCUGCGCCGCCCGCUGCACCGCAUCUCGCUGGGCGGCGUGCGCGACGAGGCCGAGGUGCGCGGCCACCGCCGGACCUACGUGGGCGCCAUGCCCGGGCGCGUGCUGCAGGGCCUGCGCCGCGCGGGCGCGCGCGACGCCGUGCUCCUGCUCGACGAGGUCGACAAGAUGGGGCGCGAUUCGCGCGGCGACCCCGCCGCCGCGCUGCUGGAGGUGCUGGACCCGGAGCAGAACGCCGCGUUCGUGGACACCUACCUGGGCCUGCCCUUCGACCUCUCCGCCGUCCUCUUCCUGGCCACCGCCAACCGCGCGGCCGACAUCCCCGAGCCGCUCCUGGACCGCAUGGAGGUCAUCCACCUGCCGGGGUACACCCUGGAGGAGAAGGCGAGGCGGCAUUGGAGGGGGUGGAAGGACCAGGGGGCGGGGCGGGGUAUGGCCAUCGCGGAGCGGCACCUGGUCCCGCGCGUGCUGGCCGACCACGGCAUGACCCACGCCGACCUGGCCUUCCCCGCCGACAGCCUGCGCCUGCUGGUGGAGGGGUACACGCGCGAGGCGGGGGUGCGCUCGCUGGCGCGCGCCAUCGCCGCCGUCUGCCGCCACGUGGCCGUCGACCUCGUCGCCACCGGCGAGGCCCGGAGCAGCGACGGCGGCAUCCCGGGGCCUGCCGGUGCCGGCUCGCACCGCGACGCCCCUGCCUCGCCCGUGGCGUGCUGGGACGUCCACGUGCACCUGCCCGCCGGCGCGGUGCCCAAGGACGGCCCCAGCGCCGGGGUCACGCUGGCCGUGGCCCUCGUCAGCCUAUUCGCGGGGCGCACCGUGCGCGCCGACGUGGCGAUGACGGGGGAGCUGACGCUGCGCGGCCUGGUGCUGCCGGUGGGCGGGGUCAAGGAGAAGCUGCUGGCCGCGCAUGCCGCGGGCGUGCGCCGCGCGCUGGUGCCCGUGCGCAACCUGCGGGACGUGCGGGAUGACCUGCCGGCUUCGGUGCGCGAGGACAUGCAGGUCCUGGGCUGCCAGCGGAUGGAGGAGGUGCUGGCCGCCGCCUUCGACCCGCCCCUCCGCCUGCGCCACACCCCGGCGCGGCUCUGA